AUGGCAAACCUGGAUCUUGUGCCCUUCGCAGGCUAUAUCAGUGAUGACUCGGACUUCUACGGUACAGCUAGAGUCCGCAAAAAGCUCCAAGCACGUAGCGACAAGACCAGCACAAACCAACUCAUUCAGCAAUGGACCAAAGACCAAGCAGCACAUCCCGUCGCGCCUCUCGCUAUCACGCCAUCAGGAACCGUGCCACAGACACUCUACAACAGACUCGAAGGUCUCUCCACAGCUCGACAACUGACUGAGACCGUCGACGAGUUUCUCAAACGUCUUCCCUCAAGCACCACUGUCAAUGCAUCAUGGACUUGGGUCACAUGUCCCAUACUCAAAGGUAAGGGUAAGACAGCAGAACUCCGUCAUAAUCCGGAAGUAGAAGAAUCUCCAGAAGGAAUGAUAGACCGUGCCAAUGCUUUGCUGAGCCAAUUCGUUGCCGAGGAGAGAGUUACCAGCGCCAAUCCAAACUCAGCCCAGUCAACUAUCACUAGAAAGUUGGGACCUUUGCGAGAGCAGCUGAAAGAAGAGAUUCUCGAUGUUGCAGUGUCUUGUGGAGUGACGAGUGGCAAGUGGAUGCUCUUUCCGAGUCCGGAAGAUGUUAACAAAGUAUGGAGACUUGUCGCUGAAGCAGUUAUCGAUGGCAGGUUGGGCGAUACCGCCAAAGUCGCUCCAGCAGAUCCGCCAAAUCCCUUCGUUGCCGCCCCCAAGAAGCAGUCAAGUCACCUCAUCUGUGUGUACACCAGAGACUUUUCCGAUCUCGAGGAUGUGAAGAGAGUGCUCGAAGAGCUGAUUGAACUCGGCCUUGCUCCGCGUAACGCUGCAGACCGUGCAGUUUAUUACAAAGCCGAUGCAUAUACCUACCUCGGCCUGGACUCCAUGAACGCGUAUGGCCUCAAAGCGAGUCUGUAUUCCAGCAAAGACAUCAUGAGUGUCUCGAAGACUGUCAAAGGCAAGGCUACUGUAGGUGUUCCAGCGAAGAGAAAGCAACAGACCUUGACCACUAUGCUUGGCGACCACAAGAAGAGGAAGACAUGA